AUGAAUAAUUUGAAUUUUCUCCGUGAAGAACCACCAUUAAAUUGGCUUGAUUAUUUUGUCGAUCGGAAGGAAUUCGAAAAACUUUUGGAUUUUGAGAGAUCAGAUCCUGCACAGUUGUCUGCAUUGGGAAAUCAAUUCACAGAGCAAGCUUUGUUAAGUGAUAAAGAAUGUGAUAUGUUAAUACGAAAAGAAUAUGAUGAAGAAGAUUUAGCGUAUAAUAGAUGUAAAUCAGCUCAAUUAUGGUUUUGUGCUUUAUCAUGUUUCGCAUCAAUCAAUUGGAAUCUCGACCUUAUGAAGCAGUCCUGUAACAUCAUGUCCAUGAAGGCUCUUAUGAAUCGACUUGUGGCAUUUUGUUAUCCAGCAAAAACUAUAAGUUCGGGCGAAGACGUAUUAUUGAUACUGGCGGAACUUUAUGCAGAAUCAAAAAUUGAAGUUGCGAAGCCGGAACAACAUUUCGCCUGUUGGCUAUAUGCCACAUGGUUGCUUAAAGUAGAUGUUGAUGGACGUUUUCCUGAAACUGUUGCAAAACCGACUGUCAGCAAUCCGCUGAACCAAUUUGAUGCAAAUCUUAUGCAGGCGGAACAAUUCAAAAUCUGUACUGCUGAGUUACGAAGAAGCGUCGAGGAUGCAGAAAAGCUUAUGAAAAGAAUGUUAGAAAAUAGUCGUAAAGUGCAUAUUAGUGUACCUACAAAAGAUUGUUUCUUGGAAGCUUUGUCAAAGGCUCCAAAUUUAACUACUGACAGUGUUUUAAAUUUGGGAAACAUAAACACGGCCUCGGUUCCGGUUCUUAAUUUUCAAGCAUCAAAUAUGCAGUUGGAUUAUAAUUUUUGGACGAUAACGAUUCUGUAUUCAUUGAUGUGCAAUCAUUUUGCUGCUGGUAAAAUACAAGAAACAAGAAACGACUUAGAAAAGAUUGUAAAAAAUUGGUCCAAAUAUAAGAAAAAUUUAAUGGAAAAUGUUGUGGUUAGCAUAAAUGAAGAUGAUUUGGCUGGUUACUGUGAUGCCUUAGGCAUCAAACAUUGUUUUUCUACUCCUUACUCUGAAAGCAAAUUAAUGUUUGAGACAGUCAAUGAAAAGACGCUAGAUAUUUUGGAUAAUUGUUCAUUGAUACAUCGCUUGGAAUGCCAAAGAAUUGCUUGUACAUCAGAGUCGGCCCUCGUAAGUGAUAUUUUAGCGGAAAAUAUUGUUUCGGAAUAUUACAACGACUUUCCGGCUACUUCAAGCACAUUAAUGAAAUUGGCAGCAAAUAAAUCAAUUGUUUCUCGUUUGAUUACGGUUUGCUUGCGUUUCGUGAAGAAAAGAGCAAAAGUACAAGUAAUGAAGGAAGUGAUGCAAUUUUUAUCCAUCAAAAUACCAGAUUUUGUCGAAGAAUUUAAAAAUGCGAAUCUCGAUUGUAGCAAAGAAUACAUUGGAAAUUUCAAAGAUAUUUUGCGACGGCCAGUACCUCCUUUACCAAAAGUUGCUGCCAUUAAGGAGUUUUUAAAUGGUGGCACGGAUUUUUGGCGCUUGAUUGUUUCAUUUGAUAUGAACGAAAUUAAAUCGUUAUUUGCCAAAAUGACUGGCAAAAUAAUUGUUCCACGUCGUUUUCGAAUUAGCAGAAUGAUUGGUGAUGUUAUGUCAGCAGCCGCUUCACAAGGAAAUUUUGAGCACAUUAAUCUGAUGUUAGGCAAAUUGGAACAAUUAGCAAUUAUUGGGGAUGGAACUCAGUGGCGCACAUUUUGCAAUGAAUGUGUGAAAGAAAUGGGGCCAUUAGGAAGAAUUCAGGAAAUACAAGUGCGAUUUGCUUUUGAUGCUGUUCGCGUUCAGUUGGAAUGUUGGCAUGCACGAUUUUCAAGAGUAUCUAACAAUGCUCAGUUUGUCCACGUUACUCAAGCAUUGAAUUCGACAGUGAAAGCAUUGAUACAAUCAUCUAUGACAAGUCCUGCGACAAUGGGAAAGAUGAUGCUCCAUACAGUCACAUUCUUCAUUAAUACUAGCGAAUGGGAUUUUCUCUUGCGCUCUUUUGUAAAAUUGAAAAGUCCAUUCUUAGAUGCGGCAAAAAUGAUUGCUGCUUAUAUGACUAGUAGUGACCCGGCAGUUGCUCGGCAAAUUGUUGAAGGUCCAUGUAAAAGGCGAAAUGAUGGAUCAUUGGUUCGUGAGCAAACGAAACAACUUCUGACAAGAACGCAAUUUCUAGAUAUGUUACGACUCAUCAAAGAAUAUCGAACUAUAUCCUUCCUGAUUAGCUUUCUUGGUAAAAUGUUUAGCGCAGCUGGAAAUUUGCCGAAAAUGAGGAAGGAAUGUGAUGGAUUAUUAUCAGGACAGGAUAUUAACAAAGAUAUAUUUGUUGAGCAUCCCGAUUAUUGGCAAUCUAGCUUCGAAAAGAAAGGGACCGAUGAUGACCUCUCUUUCAAUCUGCCUUUUUUAACUGAAUGUCUCAAUGUGGUAUUUAAGAAUGCGCUAACUGUCAAUCCAAUAAAUGCGUUCUGGUUACGAUCCUACGCCGAUUUUUGUUACGCUUGCGAUAAAUUUGUCGAUGCCUUAGUUCUUUAUAUGGAAGCAUGUGUGGCUUGCAGUGAUUCUCUGAUGAGACCUCUUCCUGAUAAUGUUGUUGAUGAUCUAAUGUGGCUCAAAGUGCAGCGAUGUUUGCGAAUGAGUGGUGCUGAAACGCUGAGUGCCUUGGUCUGUCAACUCAUGCGUAAUCCUAUCGAGCGUUAUGUUCCAACAGCAUCAUCUCUAAUGGAAACGCACGGUGACACACUUGAUGCUUGUACGGCCUAUUUUCCACUUAUUAGCGAUAUCAAUUUGGCUGAAUUCAUGAGUGUCAAGGAUGUCAUUCAAUUAGGAGAUUUAAACUCGGUUGAACACGUUGUUCGAUUCUUAAAAUUAAUGAAUAGCUUUUUGCAAAUUUACAAAGAUAAACGAUCAGAACUUUCACUAGUGGAAUGA